AUGAAGUCCCCCGUCUUCAUCCUCACUGCCCUUCUUCCCCUGGCUGCCCAAGUGGCCUUGGCCAGCCCAGUCGCCGACCCUGACUCUUCCCUGGAAGAACGAGGAGGCAACUGGAAUAACGGAGGCAAGAACUGGGGAGGUAACCAUCAAGGUCCUCAGGAUUGGUGCAAGAUAAAGAAGCCCUUCUGGUGGCAUAAGUAUCCUUGUGAUUCCAGUAACACAGUUGGUCAGGCCAAGGUCGGCGACACCUUUGCACCCGUCUGCAAAUACCAGAAUUGGUACCAGAAUUCGCAAGGAUGGUGGGCUAGGGACGAUAACAAGCCCCCACGCUGCGAUGUCCAUGUGAGAGAUUGCCAUUGA